GUGAAACAAAAAUGCUUGUGUCAACCAAAACACUAAUUGAAGGUCAGAGGUUGUCAUUUGUGAAUGAUCUUACAGUGACCCAGGAUGGGAGGAAAAUCUACUUCACUGACUCCAGUAGCAAAUGGCAAAGAAGAGACUACUUGUUCUUGAUAAUGGAAGGCACAGAUGAUGGACGCCUUCUUGAAUAUGACACAGUAACAAAAGAAGUGAAAGUCUUAAUGGUGGGACUGAGGUUUCCCAAUGGUGUCCAGCUUUCUCCUGCAGAAGACUUUGUUCUGGUGCAGGAGACAACCAUGGCUAGAAUCAGAAGGUAUUAUGUAUCUGGGCUGAUGAAAGGUGGAGCAGAUAUGUUUGUUGAGAAUAUGCCUGGUCUUCCAGAUAAUAUCAGGUUAAGCAGCUCUGGAGGAUAUUGGGUAGCUAUGUCAGCUGUCCGGCCCAAUCCUGGAUUUUCCAUGUUGGAUUUCUUGUCUGAAAAACCAUGGAUUAAAAGGAUGAUAUUUAAGUUGCUGAGUCAGGAAACUGUGACAAAGUUUGUGCCCAAGUACAGCCUUGUUGUUGAACUGAGUGAGACAGGAUCCUACAAGAGAAGCUUCCAUGAUCCCAAUGGAAUGACAGCAGCUUAUGUUAGUGAGGCACAUGAACACAAUGGAUAUCUUUACCUGGGUUCCUUCCGGUCUCCCUAUAUUUGCAUACUUGAUCUUCAGCAUGUUUAACUGUCCAUCCAUGAUAAAGUGCCACUGUCCUGUAAUACUGCAGAGGUACAAGGGAAGCAUGUGCUUGAGGCAGUGUGCAGCCAAGGACAAAAACUGAGACACAGUCUGUUAAUGUGCAGUAGCACUGCUGCCAUAGGAAAACUUAUAGCUUGCUGUACCUGUUCUCUUCCUUGGUUUGACUGCUCAUGCUUUGGAGCUGGCAUGCAUAAUUGUUAAUACCUG